AUGUUUAGAACUUCACUUCGUCAGUUUUCAAGAAGUACCAAACUUUUGGCAGAGUACAAGAGGAAAGAAAAUCCUUCGUACAACGAGUUAGCUGCUCGUAUCGAUCCUAUCGUGAGAACUGGGGAGACCAUUGAGGUGAAGAGAGCAAGGUUGAUGUACCAGUCUAGAAAGAGAGGCAUAUUGGAGAGUGACUUGUUGUUGUCUAGAUUUGCUAAGAAGUACUUGCAUAAGUUGACAUACGAGGAGCUUGACGAAUAUGACAAGUUGCUAGAUGAGCCAGAUUGGGACAUUUACUAUUGGGCCACCCAGAACUACGACGUUACUCCCUUACCGGAGCAAUGGAAGAACCUGAAGAUCCUCAAGAUGUUACAGGAGGAUGCUCAAAACCCUGGUAAGGAGAUUUUAAGAAUGCCUGAUUUGCACUGA